GCUUACAUGCGGAAGUGUGAUUAUAAUUCUUAUAAAUAAAUAUAUUUAACUUGGUUGCGUUAACGGAAACACGUUAAUACACCGAACUAACGACUUUUAUAAUGUCUAGUAGACCUCCGCCUCGAGCUCGCUCCGUUUAUUCAAAAUAAUGUUUAUUCACGAAGUGGAAAAGAUCAACACAGGAAACAGCUGCUGGUGAAUAUAAAGAGGUUUGUGUGCGGAUGCGAAGUGAAACUUGUUUAUUUUCCAGAAGUCCUCCUCCCUGAGCUGCGUGAUCAUCCCUGAGAGCUGAGUUGAGGAGUGUGUGGGGACAUGCAGUGUGUGCUGGUGGGUGCAGCAGGAGGCCGGGUGGAGCUCCCCGACGGCAGAGCCCGGAUCCUGGGCCGCGGUCCUGAGUCCGGAGUGAAGGAUAAACGGUGUUCCAGACACCAAGUCAAACUUGUGGCUGACUAUAGCAACCAAGAGAUCCUUGUGACCCAGCUUGGUCCAAACCCAUCUUCGGUGGAUGGUCAGGUUUUGGGUCGCGGCCAGUCUGGACGUCUGCGUGUAAACAGCAUGCUGUACCUCGUAAACCAGAGUUACCCAUUCACUGUGCAGUUUUCUGGCUCAGCGAACGGAGCCUCUUCAGCCUCAUCCUCUGACCAGACGAAGGGGAAAGGAGCCGAUGAUAAGGAAAGUAAACGGGAUAGUAAGGAUAAGAAGGCUCAGCCUAAACGGAAGAUCCAGGAUUUCUUUGCUUCUUCACCUAAAAAGUCAACAAAGAGAGCCCUGGAUUCCAGAGAUGACGCGUGUGAAGCUAAACGUGGGCGCACUGAGAAACCUGAUGAGGACGAGGAUGAAGAGAAGCUGAUGGAGGAGAAGCUCCGACAGCUGCAGCAGUUUGCAGAAGGCACAAGCACACAGCACUCACCAUCAGAACCGUCUACCACGGUGCCGACUGCCUGCUGCAGGAGUCACUGGGAGCAGAUCGGGAGCCUCCUGCUUUAUACCGCGGCAGGAGUCACGGGAAGCGCCAAGAUUGCAGGGUUCGACAUUGAUGGCUGCAUCAUCACUACAAAGUCAGGGAAAGUCUUUCCCACCAGCCCCGAUGACUGGAAGAUCCUUUUCCCAGAGAUAAAGCCCAAACUGACCACUCUGUUAAAGGACGGGUUCAAGGUGGUGUUUUUCACCAAUCAGAUGGGAAUAGCUCGAGGCAAGCUCAGACCAGAAGUGUUCAAGUCUAAAGUUGAGGAUAUUCUUGAGACGUUGAAAUUGCCUGUGCAGGUGUUUGUCGCAGCAGGUCCAGGUAUUUACAGGAAGCCAGUCACAGGAAUGUGGGAACACUUAUGUGAGAAGGCAAACGAUGGAAUAACUGUGGAUAAAUCACAGAGCGUGUAUGUUGGAGAUGCAGCAGGUCGUCCUGUUAACUGGGCUCCAGGGAAAAAGAAGGACUUCUCCUGUAGUGACAGGCUGUUUGCUCUAAACAUUGGUCUCCAGUUUCACACUCCAGAGGAAUUCUUCCUGGGAUGGAAAGCUGCUCCCUUCAACAUGCCGUCAUUUGAUCCGAGGGGAUUAGACCCAAAGGCUCGUCUGUAUGACCCUCCUAAUGCCUCGCUCACUUCAACCAGCCAGGAAAUCAUUGUCGCUGUUGGAUUCCCUGGAUCUGGAAAAUCCACUUUUUUCCAGACCCACAUCAUUCCCAAGGGAUACGUGUACGUGAACAGGGACACGCUGGGGUCAUGGCAGCACUGUGUGUCAGCAUGUGAACGUGCUCUGAAGGAAGGCCGAAGUGUAGCUGUGGACAACACGAAUCCUGACCUCGAGUCUCGAAAGCGCUACGUGGAUGUCGGUCAGAGUGCUGGAGUUCCCUGCAGAUGCUUUAACUUCACUGCCUCUUUGGAACAAGCCAAGCACAAUAACAAGUUCCGAGAGAUGGUUCCUUCAGCUACCAAGCACGCUCCUGUCAAUGACAUGGUCUUCCACAGCUACAAGAAGAAAUUUGUGGCUCCUACUCUAUCAGAGGGCUUCUCUGAAAUCCUGCAGAUUCACUUUGUUCCCAGUUUUACUGACCGUCGUUCCGAGGCACUUUUCAGGCAAUUCUCCGAGGGCUGAACAGACUAUUUAUACCAGGAGAUGGACACAAAUAUGAAAGGUGGGGGGGAAAGACUGAGUGACUGAUGGAAAUAUUCACAAGCCUUUAGUUCCGGUACUGUUCCGUAAUUUCAGUUCAGUUGUGCUGGACUCCAUUGUUGUGUUUGCCUGUCUCAAAUCUCUGCUGCUCUUUUUAGUAACAACAUAUUGAGUGCCAUGUUUGUUUAUUUUAGGUUUGAAAAAAAAAUGAAACGCAGUGACUCUUAGUUUGCAAUGAGAUGAAUUUUAUAUCUUUUUAUUAAAUAAUUAAUGAAAUGGAACAGAGAACCCAGUGAGAACCCUCUCCCAACAUUUAAAUAAAUCUAUAACAUAAUCCCAGCUCAAGAGAAGUGAAUACUUGUGCAGGUCACUGUGUACAUGGUAUGCUUAAUAUGCUUGUGUUAAUGUUACUGGUCAUUAAACUGUUUCUUUUUUUCCCCCUUUUAUUAAAUAAUUUAAUGAAAUAGAGCAGCCAUUAAAUCAUUAAACAACCUGUUUGUUUAUUUCUAUUAUUUCUUUAGAAUGAUCAAUUUUACUGUUGUUGUUAUUAUUAUUAUUAUUAUUAUUAUUAUUAUUAUUAAUUGAUUUGUACAACAAGUAUAUCGGAGUUAUGAUCAGUUAAGUGCCCGAUGACCACAGCUAAAACAUAUGCCACUAUGUUCACCACACAGACUGAGACGACGAUGGCAGUCACAUUCAGACUUUGAUUAGAGUCAGGGUUAGGAGUAGGGUUAAUGGGUGGGGGUCUGGGACUUGGAGCAUAAUUUGUUGCUCGAGCAACGUAUGAUACCUCAGUUUUAACAGUUUUGUGUGUGUGCGCAUGCACUUUUACAUUCACCAGUACAGUGAGACAGCAACAUGUCCAUUGGGUUUCUCUAUUAUUACUAGAUUUACAGAAUUUAUAGACAAAGUAUGUAUUUUCUCGUGUGUGUGUGAAGAAUUAACCAAAUUAGUGGGGGGUUUUUUUUGAGCAUCACACAACUUUUUCAGUCUUUUGCCCCUGUCCCAACUUUUUUUUGAAACGUUGCAGACAUUAAAUUUAAAAAUGAGCAUAUAUUUUUCAUAAACCAAUAAAAUUUCUCUGUUUCAACAUUU